AUUCAUUCACUCAUUGAGAGUUGAUCAAGCAAGGUGAUAACUUGUGUUGCUAAACAAUCGGAUUUUUCGAAUGAAUUUACUCUAGUUUUGUUAUACCACUAUUAAUAAUGAGCGAUGAGAAACAACCGCUUCUUACUGGGCCCAGUACACCUAUUGUCGAAAAUGCAGAACACCAAACUGCUGUUGAACUAGUGGUUGAUCCAACUUUAUCUCCGAAAGAAGAGAAACUAAAACAAAAUGAUUAUAAUCCAUCAUCGGAACGGGUGCUGGAGCACCCGACUUCAAAUCUGGAUACUCUUAUCCAUUUGUUGAAAGGAAAUAUAGGCACAGGUAUAUUGGCUAUGCCUGAUGCCUUUAAAAACUCUGGUCUGAUAUUUGGUGUUUUCGGUACUCUGUUCAUGGGAGCGAUAUGCACCCACUGCAUGCACAUCCUGGUGAACUGUGCCCACGAGCUGUGCAUCCGCAGCCAGAGACCAGCUCUGAACUUUGCAGAAGUGGUUGAAGAGGCCUUCAACUCUGGACCUGCCUCAAUGAGACCCUAUGCCAAGAAAAUGAGGAAUAUCGUAAACAUAUUCCUCGUGAUAACGCAACUGGGAUUUUGCUGUGUCUAUUUCUUGUUUGUGGCGACUAACCUGCAGGACAUGUUUAGAUUCUUGGGCAUCGAUUGGGACGUGCAUGUAUACUUGGACAUGAUCUUUCUGCCGAUGUACGCACUCUGCCUAGUCAGAAGCCUAAAGUACCUGACGCCAGUUUCGCUGGUCGCCUCAAUAAUGACUGCUUGGGGGCUGAUUAUAAUAUUUUACUACAUUUUGCAAAAACUGCCGCCCACGGAGUCCGUACCAUAUUUUGCUGGAUGGCAUCACCUACCCUUGUACUUCGGUACAGCUAUAUAUGCUUUUGAGGGAAUUGGCGUGGUGCUUCCUCUUGAGAAUAACAUGAAAACGCCAGAAGACUUCGGCGGCUGGACGGGUGUACUGAACACUGGCAUGGUGAUCGUGGCUUGUCUCUACACCGCCAUCGGCUUCUUCGGAUACCUGAAGUUUGGAGACCUGGUCAGGGGAAGCAUCACGCUGAAUUUACCGAGCACCCUCCUAGCGCACAGCGUUCGCGCUGUCAUGACGGCGUCGAUCUUCCUGUCCUACGGUCUCCAGUUCUACGUGCCGAUGAGCAUCGUGUGGCCCGUGGUGCGCGCGCGCCUCACCGACGAGAAGUACCUGGUGCACGGCGAGUCGGUCACCAGGAUCGUGCUGUUUCUUACCACUUUCGCGGCCGCACAGCUGAUCCCGAACCUCAGCAGCAUCAUCAGCCUGGUGGGCGCCUUCAGCAGCUCGGCCCUCGCGCUCAUCUUCCCGCCCAUCAUCGAGAUCGUCACGCUCUGGCCCGACCAGUUCGGCAAACACGGCUGGAUCCUCUACAAGGACAUACUGAUCGUCAUCUUCGGCAUAACCGGGUUCGUUUUCGGCACAUACGCUAGCCUCGAGAGUAUAGUUAAGUAAGUGUAAGGAAUGCUUUGACGACGAGAUGGAAACAUAGACAAUAAUGUACCGUCGCAACUUAUUUCGCGACGAGAAUAUUUAGACAAAACCUUGAGGUUAAACGAUAUAUUUUUGAAAUAUUAAAUAUUAGUCAGUAUUAGGCGUAAAACGAGAGAUCUAUAUUGUGAACUGUACUGCUUACCUUUAAACCAAUAUUUUAAUUGACGUUGCUAUCAAUUAGUGAGAUUAUUAUGGUUUUGUCCUAAGAUUCGAAUAUUUAUUUUACAUUUAACUUUAUAGUUGUUUAGCUAUUUUUAUGUAACUUGUGAUAAUUACUGGCAUUCCAGUAUGUUCCCUAUGAUGUCGUUAGGUAUUUAUAUUGUGAUUUUAUUUGUUACUAAAUCAUUAACAUAAAAUAUUUCUUUGACUGCAUUUUGUUUUGUAGCUAUUAUUUUGUUAUAGACGUUUUAAGAAUUUUAUAAGGAGUUUAUUUUGAUAUAAAUGUAAUCAGUUAACUUUAGUAAUGGCCGCAUUUAACUUAAAAAAACUACAGCUGGCUUUUCCUUGAAGAUAUUUCCAGAGAUAUCGCAUUUAAUAAGCCAUUGUUAAGUUAUUUAAUCACUCACGUAUCGUUGACCUAUGUUACAUCACCAGACACAAUAGAUUUUUAAUUAUUUGUUUUAAAUUUCUCGCGAAACGUUUUUGGGACGUACAUUUUUGAUGUGCUGACUAUAUUUGUAAUUUAUAUCGCUAUAAUUAUUUGCAGAAUAGUGAACUACCUAAAUUAUUACCAAAUAUUAAUCAUAUAUUAUAUUAUAAUCGUUUUGAGAGGCUAUAGAUGUAUGUAAACUUUAUUCCUGUUGAAUGGUAAUGUACCAGUGAUGUAGAUGUGGCUAUGAGCAUGAAAAUGAAGUAUUUUGUUUUGUUUUUAUUAGUCAAUAAAUUGUAUUGCUAAUGUGUUGUUUGGCUAUUGAUACAUUUGAAGAAUUUCUCCUUGCAUAGAUAUUAAAUACUUUUUAGAUUAUAUAUUUAACACUAGUGUGCUCUCUAUUGAUGUUCUGUACUUAGAUAUAAAAAUAUAAAAUAAAUAUGAAAUAUUAAAUGUACAGUGGAUUGCAAAGAAAGCUCAGUAAUAUUGUCACUCUGACAGAGGUCAGGUUUCUCUGCAGUCUGCUAUACCUACCUAAACUUAAACCUAUCUUGCCUGACCUACCAAAUUGAUGUUAGAUAAAUUGAAGAGUAAUUUAUUUCUACCAAUGUUUAAGUAAAUAAUGGACUAAGUAUACAGGGAGAUCUAUUAUUUGAGGUGUUGUUAUAUGCUGGAUGGGUAUCUGUGCAGCUGAAUCUGUUGACUCGGCUUUGUGAGCAUUACCUAGCAUUAUAAUUAUACAUGUACCUACCUAAUUUAAGAUUCCCUGUUAAUGUGCGUGUACCGAAUAAUGACAUAAUAAACCUUAUAUUGAAA